UACGUAUUCACGCGUCGGGAAACAUUGUCGAAUGUUCGGAAGAAGCGCGACCAACGUCCCCACUCUGACACUCUGUAACAGCCUCGAGAGGAAAACGAGCAAACACUCGAAAGAAGGCGAAACGAGUCGAAGAAAUUGGUUCGAGAAGAAGCGUUGCUUAUCUUGGCGUUCCGCGAAUAAACGUAGGACGUGGGAGUUGCGGGCAAUUCGUACGCAGCAGUGUGUUUGCUACGAACGAGAUGUGAAAAUGUUAAGUUACCCUUGAAGAAAAACGCGAAGUGUAUCUAUUUAGUGGUAUCGAGUGCGCGCUAAAGUUUUCCGCGAUUCCGACAGAGAUAUCGGUCGGCGCAACGAUAAAUGCGAAUACCCUCGGUAGCCAAAAAUGUCCGUAAGGACCGGGAUAGAUCGUGCGCACGACGUAGGAAGUGAUCGAGGAUCGGGUGGAGCAAGGGUUAAUUAGGUGGGCCCAGGGCUCAGGUAUGGCCACCUGCCAUCCGAAGCCGACGAUUCAACAGCUGCACCAGCUUCAAGAACCGAUCCAGCUCGGUCUUAGGUCGGUUAACAACCUGGUCGCUAAUCCGGGACAGAAGUCUGUCCAACGGACCCACUACUCGCCGCAUUUGCUCAAUUGGAUCUAUCUCGCGAUCGCCGAUCACAAUGUCCCGUCGCCGGAUCAGAGCAAACUGCUGCCGGGUAUCUGGAACGGAUUUCCAGCAACCAGGUCGCACAGCUAUUUGCAACGGGUUCAAACGCUCGGCUCCUCCGCCGGGAUAGCGAGUAGUUUCACGGAGAACAUCGGCGACGAUCUUGCGGAGCGUUUCACGGAUCUCAGCCUAUUGGACAGGAAGCCGACGAAAAGACCUCCGCCCAGUUAUCUUUGCCACCUCUGCUUCAACAAAGGUCACUACAUCAAAGAUUGCCCACAGGGACGGCCGAAGGGCGAGGGUCUGACACCGUACCAGGGGAAGAAACGUUGCUUCGGAGAGUACAAAUGCCCAAAGUGUAAACGCAAAUGGAUGUCGGGCAACAGCUGGGCCAAUAUGGGCCAAGAAUGUAUCAAGUGUCACGUAAACGUCUUCCCUCAUAAACAGAGGCCGCUGGAGAAACCGGACGGAUUGGACGUGUCCGAUCAGAGCAAAGUUCAUCCACAGCACCUAUGCCAAAAAUGUAAAACUCUCGGUUACUAUUGUCGAAAAGACCAAUAAAGCCGACCUCUAUUUUUCUUUCCCGAUCGAUUUCUUAUAAAUAAGCAGAACGGAAGAGAAAGAGAGGCGCAGAGGAAGAAAAGUUGCCGAAUGACGGAUAGCGAAGCGCAUCGAAAUCGUUUCUGAAACGACCGCGUCUUCUAUCUGUCAACUAAUUAUAGCUGUCGCUCGUUCCUGUGUGCGUGCAACUUGCGUCACGUCUGCAUGAUUCAAUGAGAAACCAGAAGAAACUGUAAAUUAAACUAUAGGUAGUACGGACAAUUUAUUUUGUCUGCCUCUUACCGCGUUUACCACUUAACAAAUGUACAGGUAGAAGAAUGUGUACAUUUAAAGCUCGAGAGUCACUUGCGUUCCAAGGAAUCAUGCGUGCAUAGUGUGUACCUUGAAAAAAAAAAAAAUUAUUUGUAUGUACAAUC